UGGACAGAGCUUAUUCCCGGUGAGGAGCAGCGGCGGAGCGGACAGACGCUCCCAGAGUUAGCUCAGCGGGCUAACUGCUGCUAGCUCAGCCUGAAGGCUAAAAAAAAUGUUUACUCUCCGCGCCGCGCUGACUGACCGGGACGGUAGCAGAGUCGAAGGAUCGUGCCAUGACUUUCCAGCGCGGCGUUGUUGAUGUGUCCGAGCCUUGAGUUAUGCUCUCGCGAAAGAAAAGCAAGAACGAAGCGUCGAAACCAGCCGAGGUACACGGGAAAUAUGUGAAGAAGGAAACGUCGCCGCUCCUGAGAAAUCUGAUGCCCUCGUUCAUCCGCCAUGGACCCACUAUUCCCAGACGAACAGAGGUCCCUCUGCCAGAGAUGGGGCCCUCUUCCUACCCUGUGCCACCCAGCCGGGAGCCCGUCGGGUCCCGUAACAAGAGCGUCCUGCGGGCCCCCGUGCAGAGACCUCCUCAUGAGGUGGCCCGCCGGGAAAGCCACCGCAUGUCCGCACCUCCGUACCUGCCUCGGAGCCUGGGAGACCUGUCCCACGAGUACGGAGGCUCAUCACAGUCCUUCCUCACAGACGUGAGCCCCAUGUCUGAGAACGGAGACGCUGCUCGCUAUUAUUACCCCUCUGAACCUUAUUAUGACAACCAGCAGCAGCGACAGCAGCAGCCCAGGAGGGUCCCAGAGCGCUUUCCUGAGGACUAUAGAUACUAUGAGCACAAUGAACACAACUUCCAAAGACUUCCCCGACAGCACACCCCCCCAGCUCCAAGCAGACCCCCGUCAGCCAUAGGUCGAAUACAGGCCAAGUCUCUGGGGAACCUCUCCAGUCUGACGGGAGAGGACCUCCCCCUUCCGGCCGGUUGGACCGUCGACUGGACCAUCCGCGGCAGGAAGUACUACAUCGACCACAACACCAACACUACACACUGGAGCCACCCUCUGGAGAGGGAAGGGCUCCCUCCGGGCUGGGAGAAGGUGGAGUCGGCCGAGUUCGGGGUCUACUACGUGGAUCACAUCAACAAGAGGGCGCAGUAUCGUCAUCCGUGUGCUCCGAGUGUCCCUCGCUACGAUCAGCCACCUCCACUGCCACCUCCUGUGACUUACCAGCCUCGUCCUGCAGAGAGAAACCAGCCGGUGCUCGUACCAGCGAACCCUUAUCACACCGCUGAGAUCCCCGACUGGCUGCAGGUGUACGCUCGUGCACCGCUCAAGUACGACCACAUCCUGAAGUGGGAGCUGUUCCAGCUGGCCGACCUGGACACGUAUCAGGGGAUGCUGAAGCUGCUCUUCAUGAAGGAGCUGGAGCACAUCGUCAAAUCGUACGAGGCGUACCGGCAGGCGCUGCUGUCCGAGGUGGAGGCUCGCAAACAGCGGCAGCAGUGGUACGCCCAGCAGCCCAACAAGAACUUCAUAGGGAACAUGUGAUGUGUGUCGCCGCCACUCCUCUCUGAGGUUUCCACGGUUUGGGAGCGGUCGGAGCUCCCUUUGAAAUCACCAUCGACUCCUAAUUGCCUCUUUACCAAACACAUCUGUGCCUUCGCUUGAUCCAAAUAUAUCAGCCAGGAAGUCAAGGCUCACUCUAACGGGGGGCCUCGUCCCUCUGACGCGACACUCAACUUAUGAAUGACUGAAUCAAACACUAGAAUGAAGAAAGAGGAGGCUGCUCGCGGUGCCUGUUACAGCCGCUGACCAGAGAACUGUUAAGACUGAGAAGCAACGAGUCUGGAAAAAAACAAAAACCUGCUCCGGAUAUUUGUUGAAAAACAUCCUGAGAUUUGUGCCUUUUAAUAAAAUAAAAUGCAGCAAUUUUAUAACGUCUGCUCAUAUCAUGUAAACACACCGGCUGCUCCGUCAUGUUUUGUUUUAUUUUCCUGUGGGAGAAAGCGACAGGCAGCUUCUUCUAACCUGAAACACUUCAUUUUCCUUUGCUUUGUUUCCCUCAUAAACUGAAACCAACAUACAUUGAAGUAAACAUGUGCAUUCUUCUUUUUUUAAUGUCGUACUGUGUACUUUAUACAACAGUCCACCUAAAUCUGAAGAGGGAUUUAACUUUUGAUGAAAAGACCUUUUGAGCAGCUCUUGGCGAUGCUGUAAAUCAGGAAUAUUCUUCUGUUUGUGUGUUUAAUGAAACAUAAAUAAGCUACUGGAGCAUUAAGUUAGACAAACAAGUGCAAUUAAGUCUCCUUGUUUCAUUCUUUAUCUAAUAUUCAGUGUUUUCUAGUAGUUCAGCUUCUCGGAAAUGGGUUUUGUUAAUCGGAUUCGGCUCCUCUUUAAGAUACAACCGAAGGCUGUUGUGACUUUACGACUGGGACAGUUGUGUAACGUCCAAAAAUAUUAAACUAAAACAGUUUACAAUGUGCUGAC